AUAACUAACCAGAAAUACUCACGGGAUUUAAUUUAAAGAUCCUUAUUUGAAGAUAUUCAUUAUUGAUAAAAUCAUUUUGGUCUGCACUGAAGUGUUCAGGAAAAUCUUGGAAGGGCGGGAAGGCUAGCUAAGCCCAUGAGUUACGCUAGUUAGCAAGUAGGCUAGCUUGGCUAGGUGCUGCUUAACAAUAAAGAAAGAACACAAGGUUGGGAAAAAUGGACGGGAAUGUUGCAGUGAUCAGUAACCCCACGGUGUCUGUGCGUAUGACCAGCACCCUCAGCUCCUUCGAAGUCAACCGGAGAUUUAACCGAGGGAUCACCAUCGCAGAGUUCAAGAGCAAGCUGGAGCUUGUCAUCGGCUGCCCCGCAGCCUCUAUGGACCUUCAGUUGUUCAGCACUUCAGACAAGUUCUUGCAGAACCUUGAUGAUAACGAGGCUCUGUUAGGUUCCUACCCUGUAGAUGACAACUGCAGAAUACAUGUGAUUGAUCGCAGUGGUUCUCUGACUGGAGCGUUCAGUGAUUUGUCCAAGGUGGAGAAAUAUGAGAUUUCUCAAGAAGCAUAUGAGAAGAGAUCAGACUCAUUGCGAAACUUUAAAAAGAACAUGAAGAUGGGGCGCUUCAAUGAAGAGAACAUGGCUAAGCAAAAAGAGGCCCUCUCACAGAAAGAAGAAGAGGAGAAAGCUGCAGUAGCCUCGAUUACAGUUGGCAAGCGGUGUCAGGUUCAAGUGGUUGGUCAGCCAACAAAGAUCGGCACAGUUAUGUUUGUGGGUACGACAGACUUCAAACCAGGCUACUGGGUGGGUGUGAAAUAUGAUGAGCCCCUUGGGAAAAAUGAUGGCAGUGUGGAUGGCAAGCGGUACUUUGAGUGUGAGCCAAAGUAUGGUGUGUUUGUGAAGCCUCUGUCUGUGACUGUGGGAGAUUUUCCAGAGGAGGACUACGGUCUUGAUGAGAUGUAGGCUCCACCUGGCAUGGUACCACAAGGUAUCAAGCGGGCUGAAAAACAUCCAUCUGGAAGGCCAAUGCAGGACUCUCGUCAGUCCACUGUCAUAGCCCUUGAUUGCAAGGGGUUUUCCUGUUAUAGCUAAUCAUAUUUUAGUUUCAUGCUUGUCCUAAAGAGAUCUGAAAGGUGGCCUUUACACAACACUCUUAGUGGAAAUUUAUUUAGCUCAUAAUGUGCGGACAGCAGUAGAUGCCAAAUUAGCUGUCUGACGUGUCAGCUGAAACAGAUUGUGUUGUUUGCUAGGCAUUUUGCUUUGAUUUAAUUGUGAAUAUUUCACGUCUCGUUUUCUCACAGAACUACAACGUCUCUUUCUCCAUCUUUUCAUAGGUGUUUAAUGAAUGGCAAAAUGUGCACAAGAGAUAGCAUACCAAUCAUUUGGGUUGUUGAACUGUUUUAUUUUCACUAAUUUAUUUAUAUAUAUAUAUAUAUAUAUAUAUAUAUAUAUAUAUAUAUAUAUAUAUAUAUAUAUAUAUAUAUAUGUAUAUAUAUAUAUAUAUGUAUAAACUAAUAGCCUUAUUCCUCAUUUUUUUGACUUACAAUGCAUCUUUAUGCUGUGAUUUCUGAGUAAAUCACUGGUUGGCUUUUUAUAUAAAUAACAUUACCAAGCAUGAGUCUGAACAACUACAAGGAUAUUAUCUGUCAAAAUCUUACCCUUUGAUUUCAUUUAUACAACAUGCACAAACAUUUACUUUUUACAUUAAACUUAUGCAUGAAGCAUAUUUAACAUUAGCAUGGAUUGGGAAUAUCCUAUGUUUGCGGUGGUUCUCAAUUCCAGUCCAAGAGACCAGAUCAUUAUAGUUUGGUGUGUAUUGUGUGCUUCAGCAGUAGUUUUAUAAUACUGACCAAAUGCAAGUUACUUUUAAAAGAUUCAGUUAAAUAAGUAGUGUUUCUUUUAGUUAGCACUUAAAAUGUUAACCUGGAGAAGCUUAACUAGGAGAUUUAUUGCACUUUAUCAUUUUUCAAUGCACAUUAUAAGCCUGUAUUCCGUCAUACUUAUAAAUACGCUGAGUCUGAAUGAGCAUGCUGUUUCAUCAUACAUUCAUUUCCAGUAAUUGCUUUAUCUUGUCCCAGGAACACUCACUGUGGUGCAGGAAUACAUCCUAGAUAGGAUGCCAGUUCAUCAUAUUGUACUACAUACACAUUCACAUAUAGGACGUCUUUUUGGCCUGCCCUCAUCAUGCCACAUCAGCCUCCCCUAUGUCUUGGACUGGAUUAGGGAACCAUUGACCUCUGGAUCUCCAUAUCAGGUUGCAGUGUAUACUGCACAUACAGUAACACUCCAACAUGGUCUACUGAUAAAUAAUGAAUACUUCAGUGACUUAUCCACAAUGCAAAGUCACAGGAUGUCAAUUAAGAUCCAGCAUUCAUGUUUACGUCUUGAUGAUGUGAUGAAUAUGAUUAUGUACUUAUGACAGCAAUUCUUGGCUCACAUUCUUCUUCUGCAUCCAGCACAAUUUACUUUUGUUUCUGAACUAAAACAUUCAAUAAACACUGUUAUGAACUGGCAAAUAGUUGACUUUGUUGAGUAAAGCAGAUAAAUGACUGAACUGUGUUGGAGUCUCAGUCCUAUUGUAUGAAGUUUACUGAGAUGGUGUGUAAUUGUAAUUUUUGUUUAUUUUCUGUAAAUCUUUCUCUUAUUUCUAAUGUGUUCAUGUUUUGUAUGUGAUCAUAGCUUCUGCUAGAAUAAAUACAGAUUGCAUAAAAAUGCUGAAA